ACUCUACAUCUACGCACGCCCAAGAGCCAAGUUCAAUUUCUCUAUCUAAGGUACCGCUUCAUGUGCGCGCCGAUAGCCGAUAGGACCUCGACACGUUUUCAGUGAAAGUCGCACAGGAGAGACAGCAGCGUCAGGGAAGAUGUCACAUGAUCACAGUCAGAACGUCAUGCCUUCCCCAACCACAACUCACCCUCCACAUCACACCAUGGAUCAUGGAUCUGGAAACCAAGGUCACAUGAUGAUGCAAAUGACCUUUUACUUCGGUUGCAAAAAUGUCGAGCUGCUGUUUGCUGGCUUGAUUAUCAACACACCUGGAGAGAUGGUAGGUGCCUGUAUCGGAGUGUUCCUGUUGGCUGCGUUCUACGAGGGACUGAAGAUCGGACGUGAGGUCCUGCUGAGGAGGAACCAAAUCAGCGUACGCUACAACUCCAUGCCAGUUCCCGGCACCGAUGGGACCGUGCUCAUGGAGACGCACAAAACAGUCGGGCAGCGGAUGCUGAGUAUGGCACACGUUUUCCAGACGAUACUUCACGUCAUCCAGGUGGUGAUCAGUUACUUCCUCAUGCUGGUGUUCAUGACCUACAACGGCUACCUGUGCAUAGCCGUGGCGUUGGGAGCCGGCGUGGGUUACUUCCUGUUCAGCUGGAAGAAGGCAGUCGUGGUGGACAUUACAGAACACUGUCAUUAAGCCUCUAAUCGGACCACGUCCUCUCUCUCCCUCCCUACAUACACACACGUACACCAAACAUACCAGACAGAUACCCGGAAAUGAUUCAAUUAUAGUUCUUCGAACCUGUAUCACUCUGAAGGCACAAAAGUAGUGUCCGGCUGCUCUAGUUAGUGUAAUUUUAAAGUUGUUUUUUUUUUUUUUGUCCCCCCUGUACACUGAAUUUUAUUCAGAUUUUUACCCCACCCAAUCGCCAUCAAUGUGGACGCAUUCAGGAUUAUCAUGACCCCCGCUCAAUCAUAAUUUCCACACCAUUCCUUGCAGGAGGUGUAACAUGCACAGCUUUAAAUUCUACCUCUUCAUUUGUACAAUCAUCACAUCUCUGGGCAUUAAAGGGAUACCUAACUAGACCUUUUGCCUUAAAGCUGAAAUUUUUACAAGGAGGGAAGCAAUACUAUACGGUGAAAUACUACAGGAUUUACUGACUAACAAAAAAUGAUAGUGAAUAUGAAUAAGAGGAGGUGUUUUAUUUAGUUUACAAACAAUGCGAGUGAUUAUGACGGAUCUGUGUUGCGGUUGUGAGAGCUGAUUUGAAAAUGCACCACCGAGUGUGUCUUUUUUUUAUUGUAUUUUAUUUUUUUUAUUGUAAUCAUAAUAGCUGAAAUGGCAGACACGUUAAUCAUUGUCAGGAUAUCAAAACGCUAAUCAGUGACCGACUCAAACAGAAACAGUGCUGAAUUAUCAAACGCUCAUGUUAAGAGAGAGGGAGAGGAAGACAUCAAUGCCAUCUGCCCAGCUUUGACACUUUGGUUUACAAAGCUGAAACUGAAAAUUACUCCGUGUGGGGUGGUGUUGUUGUUUUAAAAAAAAUAAAAAUAAACACAUAGAACGGUCCAUGAAAUCUAGACUAUGUGAUGCCAGUGUGUCUGUGAAGAUUCCUUUUUAUAAUUUGUAUUUGAAAUAUUCUAUUAAUGUCAAGUACAUAAAGUCUAUUGUUAUUUUAGUUACUGACAUCAUUAGGUUUUAUGUAACACUUAUGUAUGCAGCAAAUGUAAUUGUGCUCUUUAGAUAAAAUCGAAUUAAAUUAAAUUAAAUUAAAUUAAAA